GUGGGGAGUGAGUGUGUGUGUGUGUGUGUCUGUGUUUGGUGUUGUCUGAAUGGUAUUGGAUAAAGGAAGGGGGGUCUUCAGAGAGGGGCAACUCAGAGGGAAAAUCUCAAUGCGGGCUGCACCAAAGUUUUCAGUUUUUUCAGAUCUCCGCCCCUCAUGAAUGUUAUAUAGUGAAACCUAAAACGGCAGCAGGCCUGCAUUUGGUGGUCUACUCACUUCUUGAAACUGACAUUGUAGAACAUCAUGAAAGAGGACACGGAGAACAUGUCCAAGGUGGAGCCAUCCAAUGGUCACAGCAGGCCCCUGGACAUUGUGCCUAGUACAGAGGAGAAGAUGACAGACAGGGGUCAGUGGGGCAACAAGAUUGAGUUUGUCCUGUCAGUGGCCGGAGAAAUUAUUGGCCUGGGGAAUGUCUGGCGUUUCCCAUACCUUUGUUACAAGAACGGAGGAGGUGCCUUCUUCAUCCCAUACCUCAUCUUCCUGUUUGCCUGUGGGAUCCCUGUCUUCUUCCUGGAGACGUCUCUGGGUCAGUACACCAGUGAGGGAGGCAUCACCUGCUGGAGGAAGAUCUGCCCGUUGUUUGAAGGAGUGGGUUAUGCCACCCAGGUGAUUGUUGCUCUGCUAAACAUCUACUACAUCGUUGUGUUAGCCUGGGCCAUCUUCUAUCUGUCCAACUCCUUCACCUGGGAUCUGCCCUGGGCCUCCUGCAACAACACCUGGAACACAGAUUCCUGUAUGGCAUUUCAGAGGGGGAAUAGCUCCAUCAAUCACCAUGAGAACGCCACCUCUCCUGUCAUUGAGUUCUGGGAACGAAAAGUUCUGAGAAUUUCCUCAGGUAUUGAGGACAUUGGCUCUCUGAAUGGAGACCUGGUUAUCUGUCUGGCCGUUGCAUGGGUCAUCUGCUACUUCUGCAUCUGGAAGGGAGUCAAAUCUACUGGCAAGGUGGUUUACUUCACGGCCACCUUCCCUUAUGCUAUGCUAGUGGUUCUGCUAAUCAGAGGGGUCACCCUGCCAGGAGCCUCCAGGGGAAUCCACUUCUACCUCUACCCGGACCUGGGACGUCUGUCUGACCCACAGGUGUGGAUGGAUGCUGGUACACAGAUCUUCUUCUCCUAUGCUAUCUGCCUGGGUUGCCUCACAGCCCUGGGAAGCUACAACAAAUACAACAACAACUGCUACAGAGAUUGCUUGUCGCUCUGUUUUCUGAACAGUGGUACCAGUUUUAUUGCAGGUUUUGCAAUCUUCUCCAUCCUGGGCUUUAUGUCCUACGAGCAGAACGUGCCCAUCUCAGAAGUGGCUGAAUCUGGUCCAGGUUUGGCUUUUAUAGCCUAUCCUCGUGCUGUGUCUAUGAUGCCUUUCUCCCCUCUAUGGGCAUGCUGCUUCUUCAUUAUGAUUGUCUUUCUGGGACUGGACAGUCAAUUUGUUUGUGUGGAGAGCCUGGUCACAGCCAUGGUGGACAUGUAUCCCUCCACCUUCCGGCGUAAAAAUCGCAGGGAGCUUUUCAUCCUGGCAGUAGCUGUGGUGUCAUUCCUCAUGGGGCUCAUCAUGCUGACGGAGGGUGGCAUGUACAUCUUCCAGCUCUUUGACUACUACGCAGCCAGUGGGAUGUGCCUGCUCUUUGUCGCUAUUUUUGAGACUGUUUGCAUUGCUUGGAUUUAUGGUGCUGACCGUUUCUACGACAACAUAGAGGACAUGAUUGGCUAUCGCCCCAGCCCAGUCAUCAAAUACUGCUGGCUUUUCUUCACCCCUGCAACAUGCUUUGGAACUUUUGCCUUCGCCCUGAUUAAGUACUCACCUCUGAAGUACAACAAUGAAUACAUAUAUCCAUGGUGGGGCAACGGGAUAGGCUGGAUCCUGGCCCUGUCCUCCAUGCUGUGUAUCCCUCUUUGGAUCGUGGUGAAACUCUACUACACCCCUGGAACGCUAAGAGAGCGCCUCAUUCUCCUGACCACUCCUUCCACCGAGUUACCCAAGACGAAGCAGGAGCAGGAGAAGCUGCUGGCCAUCUUUGCAGCGGACGGCGACAGCCUCCAUCAGAAAUCACCUCCCACUAAGGACGGCUACUUCCCCGUUGAUGAAAAGGAGUCUCACUGUUAGAGACUUGAGGGUCGGAAUCAGAGCCUCGCAGGGGUCAAAGGUCACUCCUCAGCUUUGCCACUCUGCCUGGCCCCAUCCCAACUCCCUCUGCAAUACCUCACCAGACAAGGUGGCGAAACAGGUACUGCGCAGACUUUAAGAGUCACCUGACCUGUACCUGCUGACCUGCUGCUGGAGUGUUCUCCGUCUUUGUACACUGUAUGACGGCAUUAGUGUUCUUACUUAAAGAGUUACAUCAGUUGGUUGGCAUCUCAUUUGCUGGUGGCAGAGUCAUAUGUACACUUGAAUGUGGCCAUUGUUGUUACACAGUGGCUCAGAAUUUACAUUUGAUCGUGUCUGCUUUCUAAGGAAGCAUUUUUUUUUCCUGUUAUGGACAUCUCUAAUGUUCAGUUAGUCUGACAUGACAUUCCACUUACUUUAUUAAUUCUAACAGCUAUCUGCUGCAGGUGGAGCACAAGAGGUGUUAGUGAAUAAAAAUGCACUUCUGUACUGUAUACAGAGUACAUAUUCCAUCCAUUGAUCCGAUCAUGCUGACAGCUCUGUAUUUACUGUAUAAUAGAGAGUUGUCAUCUCAGGAUGUAAAAUUUUCUAAUAAAUAAAAAAAAUCCUACAAAAGCAUACUAAUUGCCAAUGCUUGACAAUGCGAGAAUUGGAUUUUAAAUAUAUAUUUAGUUGAACUGACCAGAACUCAACUCAAUUAAACUUUGCUGUUGUUUUUUCAGAUUAAUGUUAUGUCAAUUUUUUUCAAUAUGUUUUUACUUCUUUCGCUGAACAUUGCAGAGUUGCAUGAAUAUGUUGCAUGUUUCUUUUCCAGUCUUCUGAUUAUUGAAUAUAUUUUUAAUGUAGUCAGUUUUGCCUCUUCUCUAAUGCAUUGAAUUGUAUGAAAUGAAAAUGUAAAGUGCCUGAAGGAGACAGUUAUAGAUAUGUUGUUAGAUAACACGACAUGCUGGUUGAAGGGUUUCAUUCCAAAAUGAACAUCUCUCUUGUUAUCUCUUUCUCUGCUGUAUAAUAAUGAACUUCAACGUUUCUUUAGAUGUUGGAAUGAGUAUAUGAGUAUCACUGAUUGCUGAUAGGGAAUACUUUUACAUAUAUAACUUUUAUAUGCUAAAAUGAUUUUUUAUGACUGAAUAAAAGAUACUUUCAUUUGAAA